GGCUACACCCCCAACCAUUCACGCGGGGCCAUUCAGAUGCAGAGCACGGUCACAGAAAGUGAAAAGGAUGGCAGAGAAGGAGAGUGGAGGCAGUCAGAGUGGUUUUCGGAGGGAGAACGUACAAUUUAACCGAGAAUUGAACAACCCAGUGUGAUUUAUGGAAUGUGUUGAAAAGCGAUAAGCACCGUGAUCGUGCACCUCAGCCUCUUGGACGCACUGGUUUUCUUCCUCAGUAUCCAGAGAAAGUGUUACCUGGUCUCCGUCCGUCCUUCUCCAGGCUGCAGGCUAAGUGUGUCAGGUGUCCAGGUUGCAGAGAACAGGAUCUGCACUUUCUACACUUUGAAUGAGGAGACGAAGAGAUGUCGCAAGUAAAGGGCUGUUGCAGAGUUUGCAGCAGGUGCUUGUACAGCUGCCACACAAAGGACUCGAGUGAAAAUAAGAGAAAACAUGCAUGCUGCUGGUUCUCAGUCAUCACCCUGGUGUCCCUGCUUUCUCUGUGCUGGAUGUACAUUUGUCUGGUUACUUAUAACGACCAGGAGGACAUUAACUGGAAAGGCUUCACAGUACUGAAACUGUGGGUGAACUGGUUCAUGGUGGUGAUCAUCAUGUCUGCAGUCUUAGUCAGCUACUGCAUUCUGCUACUGCUCUUUGCACUGAUCCAAGUUGCCUUAAGAGAACGACUAGACUUACAUUGGCUGCACAAGAUCUUCCUAUUUUUUGGCCUUAUAGUCGUUGCUCUCGGGGUCACAGGAAUUAGCACGUGGAAACAAGAAUGGCCAACUGUUCCUCUUUCGCUCCAGGCCACAGCUCCUUUCCUGCAGUUUGGUGCUGUUGGAGCUUUGAUGUUGCUGAGCCCGUUUGUCUUCCGCACCUUCCUCUGGGCCAAAACAGGAUCUGGGGUCCUUAUUGCGGUGGUCUUUGUAGUGGUGUCAGCAGCCAUCUUCCUGUGUCCCCUGCGCAUCCACUCUCCUUGUCUGAUAGAGUUGUCUGAAUUACCUGAAAAACCAAAGCUCAUUGGCCACAGAGGCGCACCAAUGCUGGCUCCAGAGAACACCAUGAUGUCGUUCAAAAAGAGCAUCGAGUGUGGCGUGACGGCCUUUGAGACCGACGUACAGCUCAGUAAAGACAGAAUUCCUUUCUUGAUGCAUGAUCAUCAGUCUGAGUUUUUAAUGAGAACGACAAAUGUUAAAGAGAAGUUUCCCAAAAAAGACUUCUGCCAAAGUGCCUGCAUAACCUGGAAGGAAUUACAGAGCCUGAAUGCAGGUGAAUGGUUCCUAAAGAUGGACCCUUUUCAUUCAGUGUCCCAGCUCUCAGAAAAGGAAAGGACAUCAGCAAGAGACCAGACUAUACCCUCCUUACUUGAGCUCCUUGAACUCGCUAUGCAGCACAACAUCUCAGUGAUAUUUGAUCUAUAUAGCCCCAACCAGGAAAGUGACAUAAACGACACAGUCAGCACCAUCUUGAGUUCUGGCAUUGAUCCAAGUCUGAUUCUCUGGCUUCCACCAGCGGAAAGAGAAAGUGUAAUCUCCUCUGCUCCAGGAUUCAUCCAGGUUUACAGCAACGAAACUGAAAUGUUAAACAAAACAGGAAACCACCUGAAUGUGAAGUACAACAAUUUGAGCACAGAAAGAAUCAGAGACCUUCGUAAAGGGAACGUUACAGUUAACCUGUGGGUGGUUAAUGAGCGUUGGCUGUUUUCUCUGCUGUGGUGUGCAGGGGCCAGCUCCGUUACCACCAACUCCUGCCACCUCCUUAAGGACAUGGAAAAGCCUGACUGGGUCAUGGGACCUUUUACAUACAAAAUAAUAUGGAUUUCAGUGGAUGUUUUUUCUAUUAUAAUAAUGACUGCGAUCUUCAUAUUUCUGAGGACACACACUUUGUAUCACAGAAGAGGAACAGAAAGGCAAGACGACGAUACUACUGCCUCAAACAGCAAAGAACUGUUUCCCUUCUUAUACCAUAGGUCUCAUGAGCCCUGAAACUGACGUGCAUCUUUUUUCUGCAUUGACCGGAAUGAUCUGGAUCUGAAUCAGGAAGAAAACAAGUUAAUGUGAAUUAACUUUUUCUGAAGCCAUGAAAGAUGAUUUAACUGAAAUUCUAAGAUGUGAAUCAAAUAAUGGCACUGAACCACUAGAUGGCAGUUUAAGGUUUUUGUUUCUGUAUAAAGCUUGUUGACCAGGUUUCUGUCACACAGGGUUUUGAUUAUUCUUCUGUUGCUACUGAAAAUAUUCUGCUUUUCUCUGAUUGUAUCACUGCAAUGUGCAGUGUGGAUCUUCAUUGUGUUUUUUCUGUCGUUGCUUUGAUUUGUCGGAAAACUGUUUUGUAUGGUGUCACCACUGCAGGAAAUAUGCGUUGUAACCUGAACCUUGUGUAUUUAACUCUCUACUAUAUGAACUACCUGUACAUUUUGUUUGUUUUUCAAAACUGGAGACUUAUGAUAAUGUAUAGAUAAAUGGAUAUGGGCCAUAUGGGUAUAAAAACAUAAAGAAGAAAACAUAUAUAGGGCUCAUUGUUCCUUUAUGUAAUAACUCAGUAUUUUUUCUGAUAUAUAUUUUUUACAAACAAUACAGUUAUUUUUCUUAUUCUUUGUAUAUCCUUGAGACAAGAAAUGUCACCAACAAUAAAAAAAUGCUUAUUUAGAUA